AUGUCUGGCGAUCAUCAUUUUUAUGAGCCACAAGAGUCAGAUUAUCUAUCUAUCUAUCUAUCUAUCUAUCUAUCUAUCUAUCUAUCUAUUCACGUAUUUUUUCUAUCUAUCUAUCUAGCUUUGUCUCCUUCUUCUCUUUCGCCAACUUCUCCUCCUUUCUUUUUUCAUAUAUUCCUACUCUCUUCAUUUUAUCUACGUUCUAUAUUUUUUCCAAAUUCUUUCUUUCACUACACUUCUUCUUCUUCUUCUUCUUCUUCUUCUUCUUCUUCUUCUUCUUCUUUUAUUUCCCUCGCUAUAUAUUUUCCCGAAGAGAGACUUCGUAGCAUACAUUUUCCUUCCAUUCUAAUUUCUGCCUCCAUCUUAUUCUUUUAUUCAGCGCGUUCUGCUUUUUCCAAUUUCUUUUUUUUAUUUUUCCCUUUCUUGUUUGAUUUACCUUUCUGUCGCAGUUUUCUUUCCCACUCGUUUUCUUCUUCUUCUUCUUCUUCUUCUUCUUCUUCUUCUUCUUCUUCUUCUUCUUCUUCUUCUUGUACAGUGAUUAACUCUCAAUAG